AUGUCUCUCCCAGCUAACCCCAGCACCGGCACGUCGCAGACGCAUCUGGCAACCGGGAAUCAGUCGCCUCAGAUUGGGAAUGAUAAAAUAAUACAAUCAAGAGAAACCGGCAAUGUGGUGCCCCAGCGCGUGCGGCCAGAUCAGGCCGAGACAAAACCAAAGCCAUAUGCACACUUCGUCGCGGGAGGCCUCGGUGGUAUGACUUCUGCGACGCUCACAUCGCCUCUUGAUGUCCUGAAAACCCGUCUACAAUCCGACUUCUACCAAGCACAACUACAAGCCCUUCGUGCCUCUCACCCCGUACCGCCAUCCUCAUCGAUUAUCUCUCUCCCUCGUCUAGCGAUCCUGCAUUUCAGCGAGACAUUCCAGAUCCUCCGCUCAAUACAUGUCCAUGAAGGGUGGCGCGCUCUGUUCAAGGGCUUGGGCCCGAAUCUGAUCGGUGUCGUCCCGGCCCGUGCGAUCAACUUCGCUGUAUAUGGAAACGGAAAGCGUAUUAUAAGCGACUAUUAUGACUACCAGGAUACGAAGGAGACGCCCGUUGGGGUGCAUUUAACAGCGGCCGCAGUGGCGGGGAUUGCCACCGGCACUGCAACCAACCCGAUCUGGCUCAUCAAGACGCGACUACAACUCGACAAGUCAAAUUUAGAAGCUGGAAAGGGACGACAAUAUAAGAACAGCUGGGAUUGCAUCAAGCAGACGGUUCACCACGAGGGUAUCCGGGGUCUGUACAAGGGUCUUUCCGCAUCAUACCUGGGCGUGACGGAAUCGACAUUACAAUGGGUUAUGUACGAACAAAUGAAGAUGUUCCUCGGACGCAGGGAAGAGGUGAAACUGGCUGAUCCAAAGCAUGAGUACGGAUACUGGGAUACCGCGGAGUUAUGGGGUGGCCGGAUCGCUUCUGCUGGUAUGGCGAAGUUGGUCGCUGCGGCGCUCACAUACCCGCAUGAGGUUGUUCGGACAAGACUGAGGCAGGCCCCUACCGUGUCGACUGCAGAGGGUAAGGCUGAGAUGAAGUAUACCGGGCUCGUGCAGUGCUUCAAGACGGUAUGGAAGGAGGAGGGCAUGGUUGGAUUGUAUGGUGGUUUGACGCCGCAUUUGCUUCGUGUGGUUCCGUCUGCUGCCAUCAUGUUUGGAAUGUAA